AUGUCCAGCUCCAAUGCCACGUUAUAUUACACUGCCAUCGACGAUAUGUUCAAGGACUUGCUGCUGGACACCAGCACGGAGCAGCAGGUGACAGAGAAUGAGGCGCCAUUGACAGCGACACCGAAGCGCAUGGUGCGCAUACGCAAACAGAAUUUGUUUGCCAAGGAAAUGGAGGAGGACUUCGUCAUCUGUCGCCGUCUGCCCGAGGCCAGCAAUCUGUCGCCCAGCACGCAGGAGCUGCGCAAGGAGCGUCAGGGCGAGGAGCUGCUGCGUCUGCGUCGUCAGCGCUGGGAGGCCGAGCAGAAGAAACCCAUGCGACGCCUCACAAUGAGAAUUUGA